AAGCGUCACGCCACUUCCUGUCAGUCUCAUGCUGCCGUCUUAAAGAAACAUUCCCCUCGAACACAAAACAGACUCCAGGAAACGUGAUGUCAUAUCCAGGUGUUUCUGUUUAAUUGAUGUAACACAUCGACAGUAAACGUCAGGUGUUGAUGUCACUUCCUCAGAGUUGAAGACAGUAGCUGAAAAAUAAAUUCACUUUAGUGACUUUUGUCUCUGCGCUGAUGAUCGCUGUGGCCAGAGGUGAUAUGUUUUCAGGUUGUCCGUACAUACAUCCCUACGUCCUGUUCUCAUGAACACAAUAUCUCAAGAACUUCUCGAGGGAAUUUUUUUUAAAUUUGACACAAACGUUCACUUUGACUUAAUGUUUUGGUGGUCGAAGGUCAAAGGUCAGUGUGACCUCCCUGAUCCAGCGCCGGUAUCAGAUCAGGGAGGCCAUUGAAAUAAGGAAGCGGGGCCCAGGGACAAUGAAGAGGGACGAGGGGGCAUACAUGCUCUCCCACACCUGGAGCAGCAUCCUGGAGAGGCGGCGGACGGACAGCAGGUGGCGUCACGCCUCCCUAACAUUGGCUGAUCGACAGAUCAGCUGAUAAUGAGGCGUUUCCUCUGUAGGGUGUCUGGGCUCAGCCUUAGAGAUAGGGGGAGGAGUCAGACAUCUGGAGGGAGCUCGGAGUAGAGCCGCUGCUCCUUCAUGUUGAGGUGGUUCAACAUCUGAUCAGGAUCCUCCUGGGCGCCUCCCAUUGGUGUUUUGGGCACGUCCCGUCUGGUCUGGGAACGCCUCGGGGUCCUCCAGGAGGAGCUGUGAAGAGCAACAUCUCGAGAGCUUUGCUCAGCGUCCUGCCCCCGAGACCCAGCCCUGGAUUGGUGGACAAAAAUGGAUGGAUGGAUAAGAUGAUUUAAUCUUGUGACUCUUAUAGACUUUAAAAUGUUAUCGAUUCAAAUGGAUCAAAUCCUGAGAGUGAAACGAGUCGUUCAACUGCAGUCACAAUGUAAGUCAAUGGGAGGAAGUCUUUUUGGGUUACAGAGCAUCAUGUGACGCGCCUGAAAGUUCUAACUUCCACUAGGAAAAUUGGCUUCAAAGCCUGGCACACUUCAGGGGAACAGUUUUAUGUUGUUGAAUACUCUGUGUCAGCAACCAAAGCGUCUGAACUGAGAAGACGCUGCACCCCCCAUGGUGUCUCAUUGUCCUGCUGUCUUCUGCAUUUACCUGUUAGCAAGACUUUGUUUUAAAACUGAUUUUAAAAGCAACAACAGCAGAAUAACGAAACGUAUUUACAUAGAAAUAAAAUCAGGAGAAAUUAAAUAAUUUGCAGAAACAUCAAAAAUGGCAGUAAUACUGAAAUCACGCUGUGGAGCCGCCCUCAGUGUGACGGACCUACAGAUGGACUGUAAACGUCUCUGGAUCUCAUAGAUUUGGACUUUAAGCUGUUUGUUGUGAAAUGAGUCACUCACAAACCUCGUCGCUGAUCUCAGAGGAUCCAUCGCAGCUUUUUAAAAUGCAAACACAAACCUCCCUCCUGCUGUCACUUCCUGUCUGACGGAGCGGAGGUUCUUCUCCCCGCUGACCUCAGAGGUGAGUCUGCAGGUCGUCUCAUUAUCAGCAGGUAAAUAUUGUCACACUGACGUCAGAGCUGCUCUCAUAUAAAACCUUCAUGCCUCAGACUGAGACUCAGCAUCCAGAGGCGUCUCUCAGUGUCCCUCAGCGUCCCGCACGGUCCGAGUCCAUCAGCGCCAUGCUCAGUGGCAGGAUGCUGCUCCUCAGCGCCUCCUGCUGGCUGCUGGUUGUUUUGGGGAGCAGCGAGGAGCUGAUAGAGGAGCGAUCACCUGGAGACACUGCCAUCAAGACACAAGAAGAGGAGGAACUGAUCGAAGCUCUGCAGGAAGUUCUGGAGAAGUUAAAGAACAAACAGCUGCCAUCGUCAGAGAAGAAGCUCGGCUGGGUUCCUGCUUGUGAUGCAGGUGAGCAGUGUGCGGUGCGUAAAGGUUCGAGGAUUGGGAGGUUGUGCGGAUGUCCCGGAGGAACCGUCUGUAACUUCACUGUCCUCAAGUGCCUGUAGGAACUUCCUGUUUUUCUCAGCUACAAAAUAAA